AUGAAGUGGUCAGAAGAAGAAAUCAUGCAUUUUGUUGAACUCUAUAGUGAAAAAGAGUGUUUAUGGAAGAAGAGUAGUGUAAAUUAUCGCAAUAAAAACAUGCGAAAAGCAGCUGAAGUGGACAAAAUAAAGAUAAUGAGAACAACCUAUAAUCAGGAAGAGUUGAAGGUUAAAAAGUCUAAGAAAUCAGGAGGUAAACCGGAUGAUAUAUACGUUCCAACUGUCAAGUGGUUCCGACAAAUGGAAGAAAUAAUGGAUAGCUACACAGCUGAAAAUGAAACGAAAAGCAUAGAAACACAAAUCGCUCCACCUAGCGAAAAUGAACAAGGUCUGCUAGAGGAACAAGUCAUUGAAGAACCGGUUCCAAAUCUCUCGCAGACUCCUAUAAGUCCUUCGACCAGCAAAACAUGCUCCCGAGAAGAAUCGACUAGUAAAAGAGGUUCUCGAGUAGAAGCAAGAUCAAAAAAUAAAAAAGCUCGGAUAGAAGCACUAACCGCAGCUGUUGCAGAGGUUGGUGCAAAAGAAACGACUGUCAAUGAUAAUUUGUUGUUCAUAUCAUGA